CACACAAUAGGACAGAGACAUAAUUGUUGUCUUCAAAACAUUCAAAUCUUUCAAGAAUUAAUUUCAGUUAUAUGUUAAAGAAACUUCAGGGUGAGUGGAUCAUUACUUUGAAGAUUAAGAAGAUGUAUCUGAAAUUGUGGCUCUCAAUUCUGAUGGUUUGUGGGAUGGCUGAAUCUAUAGGCUCGGGCAAGGACUGGCACAUAUCUGUACCAUCAAAAAUCCCUGUUCUUCAAGGCUCAUGUGUUGUCAUUCCCUGUAAGUACGUUUACCCCAAGAAGGCAAAAACAUUGAUGACAUGGCGGGGAUACUGGAAGAGAGGGAACACAGUUGUCGCAACAAAUUUCCCCAAUGUGAAACUAACGGAUGAGUUCAACCAUCGAUCCAGAAUUAAAGGAUUCCUUGAAAGCGGCAACUGCACCUGGCAGCUGAAUCACGUCAGAAAAACGGACACUGGUCCGUUUUACUUCAAAAUUGAAAUUCCACAAUAUAAAAGCUUCACUUUCUCAAACAAUAAGGUGACCCUUGACAUCUACCUUCUUAAUGAACUGACUGCCACCUGCAAAGUUACACAUGCCUGUCCAUCAUCUCCUCCCAAACUCUUCUGGAGCCACACUGGAAUGAUCGAAACAAAGUCAAAAAAGAAGAAUGAAUUGUUGUGGACAACAAUGUCGACCAUCACCUUCACUCCUCAAGAAGCCGACUUCAACAAGCCUUUAAACUGCACAGUGAGAUUCCAUGGCAGGAAGACUACACACAGCUCUGUGCUUCUCAUCAAGUAGAGGACCAAGUGAAACUACAUAUGCAGUAUUAGAUUGCAGCAAUAUUUUUAGAGCCACAUACCUUAAUGACCAUGUGAUUUUUUGCAGGAAAGGGCCUGAAUUAGUAAAACUACAAAAAGAAGAAAAAACAUUUAGAGAUAUGAGGCACAAAAGUUAGGAUUCAUUUUUUUUAAACUUUAAUGAUUUUCUACUAGGAUUUAUGGAUUUUGGAUUAAUUUGUUUUUGUUUUUUUACUCUUCAUCAACUGUAAUGUCAUACACUCUUAAAUUUACAUCAUACUCCAAAGUCUUUAAGUGUUCCUAUUCUUUUAUAUUAAAGCUUUCAUCAAAAUGCAAAAUUAUAACAUCUCAUUGUUUUUUGUUUUUUUUUAUUUCUUAAAUUUUGUCUCAAUUAUCUGGACUGUGUGAUGUAGGGGACUGUUGUGACUGCGGCCUCACAUUUGUGAUGACUAGAGAACAUGUGGGUAUUUUAUUUAGCUCUUCAAAUAGGCCACAAAGAACUUCCACCAACAGAGGAACUGCACAAAUAGUGACAGAAGUAAUAGUGUUAUGCACUUUAAAUCUACAUUGUAUGAUUCACUGGGUAAAUUUUGCUGCCAGCUAAAUAUUUUUACAAGUGGGAGAGUCCCUUAGACAGGAAAUGUGGAUAAAAUAUAUAUGGAAACAUUAACUUUUCUCUAUUAAACAGAAUAUGAUAGUCUUUCCUCUUUCAAAGAUUGAGAUAAUGACCUGAUGCGCUA